AUGUCGUUUGCCGUGGAAGUGGACGCGAGCAGCAGCAACAACAGUAGUGGUUCCGAGGAUCUCGACGACCAGCAAGAGCAACAACCAACCGUCACGUCGACGCCCGUCGCAGAAAACGCCAGCCGUCACCCGGGCCACACAGCCGCCACCGCCGCUGGUACACACUCGUCCUCCUCUUCGUCGCCCAUUGGUGAACUCGACCUUGACACCGACGAAGACGACGACGACGAAGAAGAACAAGGACAUCGACAGGAAGAAGAAGAAGAAGAAGCAACAGGACAACGGGGUGACGAAGAGGAGGAGCAGAGAGACGAUACGGAAAGCGCUGCGGAUUUCAAAGAAGCAGCCGCUGCUGUCGCUGCUGCUGCUGCCACUGGAAACGACAGUGACACUAGUGACGAGGAAGAAGGAGGAAGAGGAGGAGGAGACGACAAGGAAAAGACAGGAGCUACAUCUGGGGAAACGAGUGUAGAGGCGGAAUCUCAAGAGCAGGAGCAGAAAGAAGAGGAACAAGAACAAGAGGACUUGAACGGAGAAGAAGAAGAAGAACGACACGAAGCCGAAGGAGCAGAAGACGUUGAACAAUUCGACAGUUUGGACACUUUGUCAUCUUCGGUGCCGUCAUUUUAUUUUGCGUCUCGAUCCAUUUCCGUGUUGUUAUUUUUCUUAUCCCGCAUGGGAAGCAGUUCGCGGAGAGAGCAUUUGUACAAGAUCCUGGUGAUUGGGGAGUUGGGCACGGGCAAAACGUCCAUCAUUCGAAGAUAUGUGCACCAGUUCUUUUCGCAGCACUACAGGGCCACUAUCGGAGUGGACUUUGCCCUGAAGGUGCUGCACUGGGACCAGAAUACCCUCAUCCGGCUCCAGUUGUGGGACAUUGCGGGUCAGGAGAGGUUCGGAAACAUGACCCGGGUGUAUUACAAGGAAGCCGUUGGCUGCUUCAUAGUUUUCGACGUGUCUCGGGCGGCAACUUUCGAGGCUGUCAUGAAGUGGAAAAAUGACGUUGACUCGAAGCUUCAGCUGCCUGACGGGUCUCCCGUGCCUUGUGUUCUGCUGGCCAACAAGUGUGACCUGCAAAAAGAAGGAUUGGUGAGCGAUGGAGUGAAGAUGGACGAGUUUUGUAAGGAGAAAGGGUUCAUUGGAUGGUUUGAAACAUCGGCGAAGGAGAACAUCGGGGUGGAUGAAGCUGCACAGUUCCUUGUGUCCAAGAUUUUAGCAAAUGACAUUUGGAGCAACCUGGAGCCGGAUUCGCCGGACCGAAUAGCGCUAGAGCCGUCUGCAUCUGGCAACAAAGCGCCUAGCAAACCAUGCGGUGAACUGCGUUCUACGAAUUUUUUGGUGGUCAUGGAAGAAACGUUUGACAGUCAGAAGACGAUUGGUUCGCAAGACUUAUCUCAGUUGGCGGAACUCCAGCAAAUCCCGGAACCCAAGCGUUGGGGUUUCCUUCGUCCUCUUGAACCUUUAACGUGUCACCCGGUCGAUCUUACUCUCGACAAGCAUUGCAUUGGACGACAGGAUGGGUCCAUCCAAGAAUAUGGAUACCGUGGCAUUUCGCGCUUCGAAGUGUCGAGUGAUCCUGAUCCUUCAUGUCGUUGGCAAGGCAUCAGCCGACGGCAUUGUUACAUCGAACGAGUGGAUGACAUCGUGUAUUUAAAGCCUCACGUGCGACAGCCACACUUGAAGGUUACUAAAUGUUUCGUGAACGGAGAACUAGUGCAGGAGCAGUGCGUGUUGAGGAAUGGGGCAGAGAUCUCCUUCGGUACUUCAACGCUGAAGAUGUUCGUGUAUUUUCGUUUUGGCGGAGAUUUUGAUUUGGAACUCCCGGAAUCCCUGCGGUCCGAUUACGUAGUCAGCAAAUUGAUGGGAGAAGGAACUUUUGGAAAAGUUUACCUUGCUGUGCAUAUUCGAGAUGCGAAGGAUCGACGCGCGCUCAAGGUUCUACGAAAAACACCUUCAACAAACGUCGACACUCUAUUGCAAGCUAAAAAUGAGAUUGCACUUCUGAAGGAAAUUUCACACCCGUUCAUCGUUGAGUUGUUGGACAUUUCAUUCAGCGAGAGAGAUUGGUUUCUGAGCAUGGAGUUGAUGGAAGGUGGAGAACUCUUUGAUCGGAUACAAAAUCCGAAGAAGUUUGGCUUAUAUGACGAGAAUGUCUCAAGAUUCUUAUUCUUUCAAGUUGCCGACGCUGUGAGGUACCUGCACAGCAAAAAAAUUGUGCAUAGAGAUCUGAAGCCAGAAAACAUUCUCUUGAAGGACAAAGCCAUAUUAACGAUUGUUAAAGUUGCUGACUUUGGCCUUAGCUAUCUCCCCCGUGGUGAAAGCAUCCUUAUGAAAUCAAUGUGUGGUACAACGGGUUACAUGGCCCCGGAGAUUGCCAUCCAAGAUAUCCGGAAGGUGCAGUUGUCGUACACGAACAAAGUUGAUGUUUGGUCUCUUGGAGUCAUUUUAUUCACGAUGAAUUUUUUCUACAAUCCCUUCAAUGAUGAUACUACCGGAGAUGUUAGUUUGAAUGCAGUAAUGGAAGGGAGAAUCAUUCAGUAUUCGACGUUUAAGUCUCGCAGUUGCAAGAUGCUCAAGCGAAUGAUCAACUCGAUGCUUCAGCCCGUACCUGAGACCCGAUUUUCUAUUGAGGAAGUGUUCAACGAUCCUUGGAUGAAUGCGGAUGCUACGCUUCAAGAUCGAUUGAAACGUUUGCUCACGAGCAACGAUCGUGUUGUGCUGAGUGAUUGCUCCAAUAACAAUGAUGCGGGUGAAGCUGCCGCCAGGAAACGGGUUAUUCCAGACACCAGGAUGGACCUGACCUCUCCCACCAGGAAACGGGUUAUUCCAGACACCAGGAUGGACCUGACCUCUCCCACCAAGCGCUUUUGCCUUAGUUACCCAGGGUCCAACAGCAGCUUGUGA